CUGACGUUUAUUCAAACGAUCAUGGAAACUGGACGUUUGUCAUGAGAAUUCGUGUGAGUAAUUCAAGAUGGAAGACGGUGACAAUAAAGCGAACGUUGGGUUGGAUAAAGAGAAAAAGUCGUACGCCGGAAUACCGGAGGCGGAUUUUGUAGACGAUGUUGACGCAUUUAUGGCAAAACCCGAAAAUGAAUCUGCAGACAAGGUACUUCAAAUGCUGGAUGAAAACCAUGGCAAAUAUAAAUUCAUGGAAUAUAACUUGGUCAACAAAAGGAGACGGCUGAAGGCACAGAUUCCUGAUUUGGAAAGAUCAUUGGAAAUGAUUAAAAAAUUACAGUUAGAAAAAGACAACAGCAAAGAUCUAGAAACUCAAUUCCUUUUGUCGGAACAAGUUUUCGCGAAAGCUGUUAUUCCACCCACCGACAAAGUAUGCUUAUGGUUAGGAGCAAAUGUUAUGCUAGAAUAUACUUUAGAUGACGCACAAGAAAUGUUAACAAAAAAUAUUGAAGCAGCAAAGAGAAAUUUAGGCUAUGUUGAGCAUGAUUUAGACUUUGUUAGAGAUCAGUUUACAACAACAGAAGUAAAUAUGGCGCGCAUUUAUAAUUGGGAGGUUAAACGCAGGCAGGCUGCCUGCACGAAAAUAAUGCCUAAGCACUAAGUGGUUACUCACACUGUCAAGAAAAAAGUCUGUGAACAAAAAGUGCUGUCAGAAAAUGAUGGAAAAUAAAGGACUCAAACAUCUUUAGGUUGUAGGCUAGAUAACCAAUAUUUAUGUAUAUUACCACAAACACAUCUGAAUUCUAACUUAACAUAUGUUUCAUCUACUUACAAUAUCUUUUACUAUAUCUAUCAUAAGCUUAACUUGUCUAAUAAGUUCCGUUGUCUCUGCAGAAAAAGUACACGUACUUUGUAUAAAAAUAAAAUAAUACAUUUGGUGCAUUAUAAAA